AAAUUAUGUAACUUCAAAUUUCUGUCAAAGCUUUUGAAUUUGAGUUUCUGUUAAAUUAAAACAUCGUAUUUAAAGUUAUCUGAACUUAAUCCUGAAUCAUAAAGAAAACAACAAGGCAAAUUGAACUUUAUUGAUAAAAACGAAAUAAUAAACAAUUUUUAUUUAGCGAUUCACUUAAAAUAUAAUAAUUGUAUAUCGUAGAAUCAAGAAAAUGUACAAUAACCUCGACGACACAUUUUCCGCUGAUAGCGUUGAAGACGUCAAGCUAAAGGGCAACUACAGAAUAGAGACAUUUUUCAACAAUCAUUCAGAUUUAGGGGCUUUGGUUGAAGUUCCUAGUUAUCAUUGUAAGGCCAUAUUUUUCAAAGGAAAUGUUCUAUAUAAAGCUGAUGAACCAAAUAUAAUCGAUUAUAUUGAUAUUAUGAAAAAGUUUACCUAUACUGAACCAGAUAAGAAGAUCGAAAGGAAUAGACAGCAAAGAGUUGGUGGUACAAUUUGUCCCACCAGCGAGGAUAUCUAUGAAAUCGACGAUAAGAUUUUCUCCUUGUACGGAAGAAGUGUAAAUAGAGAUAAAAAGGACAAAUGUUAUGGUUUCUUGUAUGAUCACAACUACGCAUUCAAGAUUGUCGAUAAAAACACUCAAAUUUUAUAUGCAUUUGGGUUAUAUCGAUAAAAAUAGUUACUUUUUUUCUAUUAAAUCUCUUUGUAAAUAAUAAAAAUGUUAAAAUUAUUUUUGUAACGCAUUCCAAAGCAUGUGAAUAAAUAAAAAAAA